GAGAGUCAGUGUGCUUCGCGCCGUGGUGGAGGGAGGAGGGUGUUGCGGGUCCCUGGUCUUGGCCGGUACUGGCAUGGUGUUUACCAUAUUUAUUUACCUAACAGACGUUGAAAUAUAUUUAAUUAUAUAUAUAUUUUAAAGUGAUUUAAUUGUUCGUGCAGAAGUUAACUACUAAAGUGUGUAGUGUCGUUUUUCUUCUCGAAAAUUAAAUGUAUUUCAGAACUAAUAAACAUUGACCAGAGAAAACAUUAUUGUUGAAAACAAUAAUUUUUAGGAGUGAAAAUGAUUUAUAAUUAGAAGAAUAAGUCGCAAAUUCCUGGAUUGAAGUCAAGAGGGAUAUCUAUACGGAUUUCUGAAGGUUGAUGUUGUGACGUCAUGGUUGAGGGAAGGUGGGGGGGAGUGGUGGUCUCCCUGAACACACUCCUCCUCCUCCUCCUCACUACCUCUUACGUCGCCGCCCAGCAAGCAGAUGAGGGUCGCUACCUGCGAGGAAUGUUCUCCCUGCCGGAGCAAUGCGUGCACAAUGGGGUCCAGGCCACCUGUACCUUCAUCCUCUCCUGUCUCUUCCGCGGAGAUACACCGGUCAAUAAAUGUGGCGGCGGCUUUAUCUACACUUGCUGUAUUCCUACAGUAGCCACGGUUAGAUCGGACGCCAUCAGACACAUUAACUUGUUCAACAGGGAGCCCCCAGUGUUCAACAAUCCCCUUGUUCGGCCUCGAUUUCCACCUCAUCGACCCAGACCUUAUUUUCCCCCACGAGUUUGGGGCCCUAAUCGACUGCCAGUUGGCGUGGGCCAUGCUGUAGGUCCUCCUGUAGGCCCUGCUGUAGGCCCUGCUGCAGGCCCUGCUGUAAGCUUGGCCCGACAGCCCUUCCAGGUCCUCGAGGUGCCAAGGCUUCAACAACCAACCCUUGUGAACCAAGCAGAAUGUGGCAUUCAGAGAGUAUCUCAGUUUGCCAAGCGGAUCAUUGGUGGAGAUGAGGCCAAGUUUGGAGAGUUUCCUUGGCAGGCUCACAUCCGUAUCUCGGGCUACCAGUGUGGGGGAGUCCUCAUCAACCAUUACUUCGUCGCUACAGCCGCUCACUGCGUCCACAAAGCACGGUUGAACCAGAUCACUGUCCACCUGGGAGAGUUUGAUACCAAAGACACGGGGGAGUAUGCUGAACCCUUCCCCAAGGAGACCUUCUCCGUUCUCGAGAAGCGAAUACACCCAAGUUUCAAGUACAUGCUCACUCAACCAGACAGGUUUGACAUAGCUGUACUGCGUCUCAAUCGUCCAGUUGUAUACAGAGAAAACAUUUUACCUAUUUGCCUUCCGGAUGCCAGUGAUGACUUUAAUGGAGAUGUGGGCAUUGUAGCUGGCUGGGGCAAGACUGACAACUCAUUUGGAAAAACGGGCACGAAUAUCUUGCGGAAGGUGAUGGUGCCAAUCAUCACCAACGACGAGUGUCUCAGUUGGCAUCAUCGUAAGGGUAUAGAUGUCAAGCUUCACUAUGAGAUGUUUUGUGCUGGACACUCUCAAGGCAAGAUGGACGCGUGUCUUGGUGACUCUGGUGGCCCGUUAGUUGUCAACAGAAAUGGUAGAUGGAUCCUCGCAGGCAUUACCUCGGCCGGGUUCGGAUGUGCAGUUGACCAUCAGCCCGGAAUAUACCAUAAGGUUUCUAUCACUUCAAGCUGGGUAAUAGGAAGUGUUAAAACUUGAUUAUAAUAUGUACAGCUUAGUGUAACUGAAGUGUAUUGUAAUUGUACAGAAUAAGUGUAUUAGAUGUAAAAAGUGUGACAAUGUUUCCUAUCUAGUAUUUACCCAGACUGUAAUAAAUAGAUAAUUGUACAGGCAAAUAGAGUUGUAGAUACAGUAUUGACAGUCUAUUAUGAUUCUUAAAGAUCUCCUUGUUUAACUAUAUAAUUGAUUUUAAAUGCAAACAAUCAAUACAAUCAUGUUGCUGAUAUUUUGCAACACUUAAAAUACUACUUUGUAAAUAAUCAUUGAUAAACCUGAGCAUUGUCUAGCAAAUAAUUUAAAUAAAUUUUAAGAAAACUUUGUUCUUACCAGAACAUCUGGCCAUCAAUAUAUUAUAUAGAUUCAAUAUGGCAUUAGCCAUUAAUAAGAGAAGAAAAAUUUUAAUGUUUAAAGUGAUAAACAUUUACCCAUUCGUGAUUUCCGAUUUACCACCCUCGAUAAGACUAUUUCAAUUUCAAUUCAAUUUUGAUAAGACAGUUUGGGGGACAAGCAUUAUUAAAUUAUAUGUCCAAAGAUAGACGGGCUCUUUUCGGGAAAUGAAGAGCUAGUCAUUCUCAGUCUUAAUGCUGUCUUUUUUAAAUUUUGCCUCACUAAUUCCUACUGUAGGUUUUAGCCCUUAAAAUUUCAUCUUACUGUACAUGGACACAAAGAUUGUAGGAGGCUAUCAAGUGGUUGAUUACCGAAGUCUCAAAAAUUAUUUCACCAUUUCAUUCAAACAAAGAUCCUUCAGACAACUGUAUUCAAUCAUUAGUACAGAUCUGAUAAAGAAAUGUUUACUAAAAAAUAUUAUCCCGUACCGGGUAUUAUCCCGUACCGGGUACGGGCAUUAUUCCGUACCCGAUGUUAGUAAUGAUGCACUGGACAUUAAAAGUGGCUCAGCAGGCAGGCACUAUGGUAAAAAAUAAAGCCAACACAUUGCAUAUUCAAGUGAAUCUUUGACUUAAGGAAAAGAACAGGGGGUGCCUUUUCUAGUCUAUUCAACAUAUUGCACCAAAAAUGAACUACAUCAAAUGGUUCACUUGAUGGUGGCGACAGACUCCAUACACAGUUU